AUGGACCAGCAGCCGAAAGGUAUCCUCCUCUUCACCAACGACCAGCUGGGGUCUCGGGCGCCGUCGUACCACUCGGCGCCCUCGUCCGACGGUCAGCGCGCCCGCCGCAUUGCACCGCCCGCCGAGCCGCUCGGUGUCCGCACCAACUUCACCUCUGGCAAGGCGCUCACCGACUCGAUCCCAAUGACGUCGUACGAAAACUACGACGACCCAAUCAUGGAAGAAGACAAAAACCUCCACGCAGCCGGUGACUUUGACGCGCGCUCAACGAGCACGUACGUCAACUCGAUCUACGUGCUCAUCGGUGCGGCGAUUGGCGCCGGUAUUGGCCUCGCGCUCACCAAGGCCGACAUCUCGAGGGACGUCCAGCAGUGGAUUCAGAUGCCCGGUGACCUCUUUGUGCGCGCGCUUCGCUGUCUUGUGGUGCCCAUGGUGUUUGCGUCCAUGUCGGUCGUCAUUGCCGAAGUCGUCGUCUUGAAGAAGACGUCGAUUCUGUCGUGGCGCACGGGCGCCAUCUUCUUCCUCACGUCGUUCAUCGCUACCGUGCAAGGCCUCCUCCUCUCGACCGUCUAUCGCGGUAUCUUUGAGGGUGGCAAGAACGCGACAACGUCGGCGCUGCCGGCGCCUGUGCUCGCAUUCCGCUGCGCCAACGGUCUCUUCCUCAACCAGCAGACCAACGGCAGUCUCCUCUGCGACAAAAUGACCAACGACACGGCCUCGACGCUGUUUACGACCGUCGAUAUCAACAACAUGCUGACGGUCAAGAGCACGAUCACGCAGCUCUCGCUCACACAGCAGAUCAUUUCGAUCAUCGAACUGACCGUGCCCGACAACAUCUUCAACGCGCUCACGCAGGGCUCGCUCCUCUCGGUCAUCAUGUUCGCCUUGCCGCUCGGGUAUGCGAUCGCCAAGUCGCACAACGGCCCCGCGACCGAGAACGGUCUCCUCAACGUCUUUCGCCAAACGCGCAACUCGCUACUGAUCUUGAUCAACGCCGUCUUGAUGCUGACGCCGAUUGCCGUCGGGUUCCUCAUCUGUAGCGCCAUCAUUUCGUACCAAGCGAAUGCGUCGGCCAUCUUUUCGCAAGCCGGGUACCUCAUUUUGAUGUUCCUCGCCGGUGUCUUCUGCCACGUCAUGCUCGUCAUGCCGCUCAUUCUCUUUCUCUUCACGCGCUGCAACCCGUACAACUACAUGCGACAGCUCUUCCCCGCCUACGUCUUUGCCUUUGGCUGCUCGUCGUCCAUGGCGACGCUGCCUGUGGCCGUCACGGUCAUCCACCAGACGCGCCAAGUGUCGCGGUCGCUCGCGCAGCUCAUCAUGUGCCUUGGCACGCCGGUCAACCUCAACACGUGCGGCCUCUACUACCCGCUCAUGACCAUGUUCAUGGCCAACUACUCUGGCCUCACGAGCGAGCUCGGUGCACCGCAAAUGGCCGUCCUCUUCUUUGUGAGUCUCCUCGGCUGCAUGGGUACGGCGCCGAUCCCGCAGGCCGGUCUGGCCAUGUUGAUGACUGUUUGGCGCACGACGCUGCCCAACCAAGAGCUGCCGCACGCGUUCGUGUACGUGGUUGCCAUUGACUUUCUCAUCGAUCGCAUCAACACGAUGGUCAACAUCAACGGUAAUAUGAUCAUCACGCGCAUUCUCGCCGACCAGUUUGACGAGACGGUCGAGACGACCAUUUAUUGA